CAUGUUCUGGGUGUGGACAUCAGAAGUUGUUCCCUGUCCCCUUUCCCUGGCCGUGGGAGAGGGAUGGCUGCGUCCAGCCAGGGCCCUGACCUGAGGGCUUGUUAUCCAGGUUCCUGAGGAAAGAUAGUCAUGCCUGAGGAACUUCAUGAAGUGGCGGGGCAGACACUCUCCAUGCAAUGGCAGUACCCUCCUGAGGGAGGGCCCUAUGAGAGAACUUGGUGUCAGCAGACAUCUCCAAAUGGUACCAGAUUAGUCCUCAGCUCCAAGCCCUGGACAGCAGCUCAGCACUCUUGACACAUGAUCUGGGUCAUGCUGGAUGCUGGCUUCUUCAUCAUCACCAUGAUUCAGCUGAAGGAAGAGGACUUGGGGCCCUAAUGGUGUGGAAACUACAACUCUUCCAGGAACUUGGUCACUAUUCUCAGAAACAUCAGCCUGGUGGUGUCUCCAGAUGAGCUCCUUUCUUGAGGAAAUGCCUGCUUCCCUCCAAGGAGGAAAUGUCACUCACCCCCUUCAUGUGCCUCCAUCACCCCAGAUCCCACCAGGUCUUCUGCUUUGAUCCAA